GGGAGUGCUCUACAGGGGCUGCGGAGUGUGUUGGGCAUGCUCUAUAGGGACUGUCCUCGCAGGUGACAGCAGCAGUGAUGUCCCCACCGGUGGCCAGCAUGGAGGGGAUGGGACGGAUCCUGCCCCACGGCAGGGUGCUGCUGGUGCUGCUGGCACUGAGUGCGGCACGCGGCCAGGCAGCUGUACGCGUCAACCUGACUGAAGGCUGCGAGAUCAUCCACCCGCCGCGGGACGGGGGCAUCCGCUACCGGGGGCUGACCCCGGAGGAGGUCCAGAGCAUCCGCUUCCUCCCCUUCGACUAUGAGAUUGAGUACGUCUGCCGCCCUGACCGUGAGAUCGUGGGGCCCAAGGUGCGCAAGUGCCAGCGCAACGGCACCUGGACCGCCAUGGGACACCCCAGCCGUUGCUUGCGGACUUGCCCCAAAAUGCACCUGAGCCUGGAGAACGGGCAGGCGGUGGCGCGGGCGAUGGAGCGGGUGCCGGUGGAGGGGACGUGGACCGAGUACAGCUGCAACCCCGGGUUCCGCCUGCUGGGCAGUGCCCGCAGCAACUGCACCAAGCUGGGGCGGUGGAGCACCCCAAAACCCGUCUGCGAGCUUCGUCGCCCUCUCUCAGGCAAGAAGGCCGUGCACGUCGGGGCGCUCUUCCCCAUGAGCGGGGGGUGGCCGGGGGGGCAAGCGUGCCUGCCCGCUGUCCGCAUGGCACUGGAGGACGUCAACAGCCGGAGGGACAUCCUGCCUGACUACGAGCUGCGCCUCAUCCACCACGACAGCAAGUGUGACCCAGGCCAGGCCACCAAGUACCUCUAUGAGCUGCUCUACAAUGACCCCAUCAAGAUCAUCCUCAUGCCUGGCUGCAGCAGCGUCUCCACGCUUGUGGCUGAAGCUGCCCGCAUGUGGAACCUGAUUGUGCUCUCCUAUGGCUCAAGCUCUCCUGCCCUCUCCAACCGCCAGCGCUUCCCCACUUUCUUCCGCACCCACCCCUCAGCCACUCUGCAUAACCCCACGCGCGUCCAGCUCUUCAAGAAGUGGGGCUGGACCAAGAUCGCCACCAUCCAGCAGACCACGGAGGUCUUCACCUCGACCCUUGAUGACCUGGACCAGAGGGUGAAGGAAGCUGGCCUGGAGAUCACCUUCCGCCAGAGUUUCUUCUCCGACCCUGCUGCACCUGUGCGCAACCUCAAGCGCCAGGACGCCCGUAUCAUUGUGGGGCUCUUCUACGAGACGGAGGCGCGUAAGGUCUUCUGCGAGGUCUACAAGGAGAAGCUGUAUGGCAAGAAGUACGUCUGGUUCCUCAUUGGCUGGUAUGCCGACAACUGGUUCCGCAUCAAGGACCCGGCCAUCAACUGCACCGAGGCGGAGAUGGCAGAGGCUGUGGAGGGGCACGUCACCACCGAGAUUGUCAUGCUCAACCCUGAGAACACCCGCAGUAUCUCCAACAUGACAUCCCAAGAGUUCAUUGAGAAGCUGCAGAAGAGGCUGGGCAAGAACCCAGAGGAGACAGGCGGCUUCCAGGAGGCGCCGCUGGCCUACGAUGCCAUCUGGGCACUGGCCCUGGCCCUCAACAAGACCUCAGCAGAGCUGGUCAAGAAGGGGCUGCGCCUGGAGGACUUCAACUACAACAACAAGAACAUCACUGAUGAGAUCUACCGGGCCCUCAACUCCUCCGCUUUUGAGGGUGUCUCGGGCCACGUUGUCUUUGACGCCAGUGGGUCCCGCAUGGCCUGGACACUCAUCGAACAGCUUCAAGGAGGUGUCUACAAGAAGAUUGGCUACUACGACAGCACCAAAGACAACCUGUCCUGGUACAACAACGACAAGUGGAUCGGAGGUGCUCCACCGGCUGACUACACCAAGGUCAUCACCACCUUUCGGUUCCUGUCCCAGAAGCUCUUCAUCUCUGUCUCAGUGCUGGCUUCACUGGGCAUCCUCUUGGCCAUCAUCUGCUUGGCCUUCAACAUCUACAACGGGCAUGUCCGGUACAUCCAGAACUCCCAGCCCUACCUGAACAACAUGACGGCCGUGGGCUGCACGCUGGCACUCGCUGCCGUUUUCCCCCUGGGGCUAGAUGGAUACCACAUUGGGCCGGGGCUCUUCCCCUUCGUCUGCCAAGCCCGGCUGUGGCUGCUCGGGCUGGGGUUCAGCCUGGCUUACGGCAGCAUGUUCACCAAGAUCUGGUGGGUCCACACCGUCUUCACCAAGAAGGAGGAGAAGAAGGAGAAGCGGAAGCAGACCCUGGAGCCAUGGAAGCUGUAUGCUACCGUGGGGCUGCUCGUGGGGCUGGACGUGAUGACGCUGAUCAUCUGGCAGAUCGUGGACCCCCUGCACCGCACCAUUGAGGAGUUCACCAAGGAGGAGCCCAAGACGGACACGGACGUCUCUAUCCUGCCCCAGCUGGAGCACUGCAGCUCCACCAAGAUGAACACAUGGCUCGGGAUAUUUUAUGGCUUCAAGGGGCUGCUCCUGCUGCUGGGCAUCUUUCUGGCGUAUGAGACCAAGAGCGUGUCCACCGAGAAGAUCAAUGACCACCGUGCCGUGGGCAUGGCCAUCUACAAUGUGGCAGUCCUCUGCCUCAUCACCGCGCCCGUCACCAUGAUCCUCAGCAGCCAGCAGGAUGCGGCCUUCGCCUUUGCCUCAUUGGCCGUUGUCUUCUCCUCCUACAUCACCUUGGUCGUCCUCUUUGUGCCCAAGAUGCGGCGUCUCAUCACCCGGGGUGAGUGGCAGUCGGAGCAGCAGGACACAAUGAAGACAGGCUCAUCCACCAACAACAACGAGGAAGAGAAGUCCCGGCUGCUGGAGAAGGAGAACCGGGAGCUGGAGAAGAUCAUCGCCGAGAAGGAGGAGCGGGUGUCAGAGCUCCGCCAGCAGCUCCAGGACCGCCAGCAGCUCCGCUCCCGCCGCCACUCCUCCAACCCGUCCCGGGAGGCAGACAACCAUUUUGCCCCAGGGCUAGGGGCCGCCCCAGCCCCAGCACCCUUCUACCAGCCCAGCCUGCCCCUGGUGCGCUGCCUGGUCUCGGAGCAAGCCGACAAACUGGGCCGGGGCAACUGCGAUGGCAGCCGGGUCCACCUCCUCUACAAGUGACCCUCCGGGGGCCGAACCUAAGAGCUGGGAUGUGGGGCGAAGAAGAGUGGGGCCAACCAGGAUGGGGCUAAGCAGGGUGGGGCUGGGGAGGGCAGGCAGAGCCUCUUGGCCUUAUAAUUGUUAUUGUUUUUAAGGCGUUUUCCCUUUUGUCUUAACCCCGGGGCAGUUGCGGCCCCUGCUUGCCGCCUGCCUCCAUUUGUGGUUAGGAGGCAGAAUUAUGGGAAAGGGGGAGCACGGUUCAUUAAUUAGGGGAGGGGUGGGCGCAGAAUAGGUUACGCUGCCGCGCUUUCCCCCUCCGAGCAUCCCCUGCUCCCCUCCUGUUUCAGCGGCCCUCCUCCUCCUCCCCAGUCUCCCCUGCCAAUGUGUGACGCAGCCUCCCGGCGAGGCUGGCAGGGCAGCAGGCGUCCACCCGUCCGUGUCCAUCU